AUGGGCGACGGGGACAGAGGCGAGCGCGGCGAGCGGGACGACGGCGAGGAGGACGAGGAGGUUGGAGGUCGGCGACGGCGACGAAGGGCGAGUCGAGGGCUUAAUAAAGAUGCGUCGGCGCGCGAUGAGAAAAAAGAAGGGAAGAAGAAGACGCAGACGAUGGCGGCGGAGUCCAAGGGCGAAGCCGAGACGGAGGCGCCUAGCGACGCCGAAGGGGGGUCGACGGCGGAUUUCAUCGAAAAUGUAGUCGUGGAUGCUCGCGAAGAGAGCUUUGCGUUGAAGAAGAAACGCAUGGAAUUGAUUAUCGAAGAGAAAGAGUGGGAUUUAGAGUCACCGACGUCGAGCGAGGAUGAGAAAAUGAUCAAGCUUGUGGAGUACGUUAAUGCGGUGGAGGCGUUCAAGGAGUUGUGCUCGAGCGAGGUGCCGAACACCGUGGGCGAUUUGCUCGGGCAGUACGUGACUGUGUAUCACUUGGAUUGUGAUUCUCCAGGGUACGACGAGGCGCUCGCGUUUCUCGGAAUCGAUCCGGACGAGGACGAAGAUGAGGACGAGCGCGACAUGGAGGCCUGGCGCCGCGCGACAGCAAGCUUUGACUCUGGGUCCAUGGACGAGGACGACGACUCUGAUGACGAAGACGAAGACGAUGAAGGCGAAUACACGAUUGAGAUUUCGUACGGUCGCGGGGACGAUUUCGAUCCGAUCAAAGGCUUGCACUGCGCGCAAGACGUCGAAGGCAACUGGCGUUGGCUCGAGGAUGAUUUAGGGAGAACUCUGUCAAUGAAACCAUUCGGAGAAUUCACGCCCAAGCUCAUGUCGGUCGAGUACAUGCUCAAGGUUGGUUUGAACGUCAACUCACUUCACGAAGAAGUCGAUCCACUCGAGCUUCUUAACUUUUCAGGGUGCAAGUCGUGGGAGGACACGCUGAGAGCGAGUCAAGAGGCGACAGCGGCAUUGCGCCAACUCGAAGACGAUGGAUGGAAGGUGGAUACUCGGAGCUGGUGCAACGAGCAAGAUCAUCUCAUCGUGGUGAAGGAGCUCGUGCCAUUACGCACGAUGUCAUUCGUCGACGGGUCAGUCACGGAGGACGAAAACGAAGAGGGACAGGAGGACGAAGAUCGUUAA